UCCACCGUGUCUGUCUGUCCAUCUGUCCAGUACCGCUCUCUGGUAUAUGCAGGAACUCAGAGCUGGCUGCAGCUUAUCCAGCAGGAAAGGGUGCGGCUGCAAAUUUCACAGGGCUGCUUUUCUCUGCAGUUUUUGCUUUCCAUUUGACUCCGAAGAGGGAAGCAGACAGAGCCCUGCAUCGGGGUGUCUCUUGUGCUUCGCGGGGAACAUCCUGCUCGCUCGGGUGGCCGAUGGAGUCUCUCUCAGCUCUGACGAAGGGCAUUGACAUUGAGUCAGACCCUAAGGGGUUUUUCAAUGCAGCGCUAAAGGUUCAUGAGAAAUUCAUGGAGCUUUUCAAGGAUGGAGGCCAGGCAGAGGCAGCCGCCAAAGCUCGGGAGGAUCUGGAGUCACUGGAAAACACCAAGCUCAACAUUGCUGUCACAGGGGAGACGGGCUCUGGAAAAUCCUCCUUCAUCAAUGCCCUUCGCGGUUUGGGUGCUGAAGAUCAAGGCGCGGCCCAGACCGGGGUGAUAGAAACAACGACCGAGCCGAUGGCUUAUCCCCAUCCAAGCUACCCGAAUGUGAUCCUGUGGGACCUGCCGGGGAUCGGGGCAAUGGAUUUUCGACCAGAGAGUUACCUCCAGAAGGUGAAUUUCAGCCGCUAUGACUUCUUUGUCAUUGUUGCUUCGCAGCGGUUCCGAUCCAGCCACGCCGACCUGGCCCAGGAGAUCCAGAGGAUGGAGAAGAAGUUCUAUUUUGUACGCUGCAAAGUGGAUGAAGACUUGGCCAAUGCAAGAAGGGCUCAUCCUCAAGCCUACGUCGAAGAGAAUGUUCACCAGAGGAUCAGGGAGCACGCCAGGAAAUGCCUGAGAGACCAAGGAGCAAUCGACCCCCAGGUCUUUCUUCUCUCCAACUGGGACUUAGACCAGUAUGAUUUUCCCUUGCUGGAGGAGACUCUGGAGAAGGACCUCCCGCAUCUACAGAGACUUGUGUUCCUGCUCAGCCUCCCCAACUUCUCUCCGGAAAUCAUAGAGAAGAAGAAAUCUGCUCUGCGUGGACACUUAUGGAAAAUAUCCCUGGGGUCAGCUUGUAUCAAUGUCCUUCCCAUGAGAGGUGUCUCUCUUGCCUGUGAUGUUGGCCUCCUGUUGGUAUCCAUGAUCGCCUUCUACAAACAAUUCAGCCUUGACGAUGACUCCUUAGCUAAGCUGGCCAGGCAGGCUGGGAAGCCUGUCGCAGAGCUCAAGGCUGUUAUUGUCUCACCGCAAGGGGAAGAUCUCAUCCGAGAUGUAUUAAUGAAGAAGAUUGUCCAGGUUGGGUGCAGCCUCACCCGCUCAGUCGAACAAUGCUUUUACUUCGUCCCAGUGAUUAGCACCCUGGCUGCAGCCGGGUUGUCCUUUGCCACGUCCUACUCCGUUCUGUCAAACUUCCUGGAGAAGGUGGCUGCGGAUGCACAAAGGGUUCGCAAGAAAGCUCUGGAGUAAGAUGGGAAAGUGUCAAGAUCGAGAGACAGAGAAACGCCAUCAAGCCGAGUCUGACCCCUCAUUUCCUGGGCCAAGAAACAAUAAUUACAUUUUAAAAAAAGUUACAAUACCCUGCCUCACAGGGCUGUACUGAGGAUUAACCCAUCUGUGUUUGUGAGACGCCUAGUGUCUACCCUAGAACUAUGUCCAUGGGUCGCUAAGCUGCUGAUACGAACGUGCCGCUCCCAUUCCAAGAUGUUGUUUGGGUUGUUGCUGUCUGUGGAUUUCAAUGGCCUCUCAUCUGCUGGAGGGUUGAUUUGCAUUGCCCUGAUUCUUAGCCUCUCCCCUGGCAUGGCUGGCGUGUGUCGAAUGUCUGCUGGGGAGGGUUGAGUGGAAAGUUGAUUUUUUUUGGUUCAGUGGCUGAACCAAAGCAAUCUUUAAAAAAAAUCAGUUCAUUUAGAAUGAAAACUGAUUUUUUUUUUCUUGACAAAAUUAAAAAAAUCAUUUUGGGUUGAACAAAAUAUUUUGUUUGCCCCUAGUUGAUUUUUUCUCUCUCUUUCUUUUUUUUUUUUUGGUUUUGUUUCUGGAUUUUUUUUUUACCCCUCUGCCCCCCCCUUUUUUUUUUUAGUUAAGUAAAUCUAGCUACAUUUCAAAAUGAAACACCAUUUGAAACCAAAAAGUCAAACCAUUAGAAAAUGUCAAAACAAACUUAACUUUUUUUUUUAAAGUUUUUAAUCAGCCAACGUUAUUUGUCCUGAAUGUUGUAAUUAGUUUUGGUCACCCUGGAAGUUCAUUCUUCAGAAAAUGUACUAUUCAACUGAAAAAUUUCACCCAACUCUUCUCCACGUUACUGGGACUGCAAUAUAUAAACUAUCGCAAAGCGGCUUAUAGUGCAUAAACAACAGUUGCUAUAACAUGCAAAGCCCAAACCCACCCUGAGAUCAGCUUUAUUAAGCAAGGGAACAACAGUAAAACAACAAAGAUCAGCUCAGGCCUCCUCCUUAGGAGAGGCUGCUCCCAGGGUUCCUCCUUCAGCUUUGCUCUGCCCACAUCCUAGGUCAUCUCUCCUCAGAGACCCACUCCAACCUCCCUUAAAUCCAGAUGAGUCUCCCAUCUAGUGACACAGCAAAACCCUCAUAUUCCUUUUCCAGUAGGAUCAAUAUUUGCUAACAGGGUAGUAUGUUCAGAUAAACAAUGCUAGCCUGUUAUACAUCUCUCUCUCAUAGCUAGUUCUUCAAAAUAUCAGUUCUCUGU